AUGCGUGCCUUCACGGCCACCGUAGUUACAGAUGUUACAACCGGUUAGCGUUUGAUCAGAACUGUCUUCAUUCAUUAAAUACCGUACAAACAACAAAAGCGGUGAAAUAUCUCAGACACACGUCACGCAGACUAAUGGCCGGAGUUAACCAGGUUUAUCUGUUCAUUAGCGGCGGCCGAAACCGACUAGAGGCUGAUUAUUGACAAAGCGAUCAUUUAUUAGCUCGCCGGUGAACUCUUUGUUAUAGUCAGCUGCUUUUAUGGUCCCCAAAUCAGCUGAAAGCGGGUUGUAGAUGGUGGAUUCGGGCAGCGACGCGUCAGAUGUGGCUCAGUGUAUCGAUUGAGAUGCGUGACAUUAUGCGCGAAAGUGGAUUGAGCUGUUUUUCUAACGCGUCGAGUGAACAAUGAGGAGAAAGAAAGGACCAGCAUCAUCCUCAGAUCAUGAGGAGCCCCCGGGUAGGAUGUGAUGAGUUUGACAGUUUCAACUGCUCUUUCGAGUCAGACAGUGUCAUUCCAGAGACGCCGGAAACCAAACGUCCAUCGGGAUCAUCUCUGUCCACCGCCAUUUCUGACUCGGACUCGGACUCUGAUAGUGAGAUUUCAGGCAGCUCCAUGAUGCCUGUCAGGAAACUUAGGCCUAGGAAGAGAAAAGCAGCAUCAUCUGCGGAUGAGUACUCAGUGUCUGACGAAGAGGAAGAGAUUGUGGUGAAGACUAAACGAAGGCCGACGCACAGCAGAACGACAAGAUCUACCUCACAGCAAGCUCAACCAGCACACCAGAAGGCCUCAGAGACGGUGACCGACAUCGCACACCCCUCGCCCCUGAAGACAUCCGGGAUGGCAGCUGCUGAUUCGGUCCAGCAAAGGAGGCGACAGCAGAUGUGCGGCUCUUCCCAGGAGAGCGACAGCAGAAAGGGUGGACGGGUUUCUGCGGCUGAUGAUUCAGAGGAGGAGGGACAGAGAUCUAAAGAUCAGGAACGUAUGCUGAGAAAACUCCAAAGGAAGUUCCCACAUCUCAACAAGAAUGAACUCAGGGAUGUGCUUCAGGAGCACGACUGGCUUAUUGACGAUGCCUUGGAAACACUACGAAUGUUCUCUGACCUCGUGGUUGAGUCUGAAGAUGACAGCUCUCAAACUUCCACUCCUGCCAAACACACCAGACGGGUUGCAGAGACCCGCCCACAAGCUCAGGUUACCAAACUUUCCAGCCCACCCAAACCAAAACCCAGCAGACCUCUGGACGGGACCAGAACAUCGCAGAGGAUCGCAAAGCAGCCCAUAUUGGCCAAAUACACAUAUGUGAGCUCAGAAGAGGAGUGCAGUGACUCUGAGGCCUCUGUAGUCAACGGUUUACUGGACUCUGACUCUGACCAAUCAGAGGAGACCCUAUCCAAGCUCAAAACUGAGAUUCUCUGCUUCUUUCAGUCCGCGUCUGUGGAUGAGCUCACACUCAUUGCAGGAUGCUCUUUGAAGAAGGCGCAGAAAAUCACUGAGCUGAGACCCUUUAAAACGUGGAAAGACCUGGAUGAUGCCAUGCGCAGAAGAAACGGUCUGUCCGCUGAGCUCCUGGCAGGAUGUCGAGAGGUUCUGAAGGAGAGGGAAGUUGUUAAAGGUCUCAUGAGCAAGUGUGAGGAGAUUUCAGUCAAACUGAUCCAAGACGUGACGCAAGUAAUGGACAAGGGCCCGGGCUCCAUGACCCAGCCCGAGAUCCUCUCUAGCACAUUCCAGUUGAAACCGUACCAGCUGAUUGGCCUGAAUUGGCUGGUUUUGCUUCAUCAGAACAAACUCAGUGGAAUCCUGGCAGAUGAGAUGGGUUUGGGAAAGACCAUCCAGGCCAUUUCGUUCCUGGCUCACCUCUAUCAGGAAGGGAACCAUGGGCCUCAUCUGAUCACUGUACCUGCUUCUACACUUGAUAAUUGGGUGCGGGAACUGAAUCUAUGGUGCCCCAGCUUUAAAGUGCUGGUAUAUUAUGGCUCUGCUGAUGAUCGCAAGUACAUGCGCUAUGAAAUCCUCAAUCAAAUAGUGGAGUACAACAUCAUCGUGUCCACUUACAACCUGGCCAUUGGAAACAGCAGUGACCGCAGCCUGUUCUGCAAGCUCAAGCUGGAGUAUGCAGUGUUUGACGAAGGCCACUUGCUGAAGAACAUGAACUCGCUGCGCUACCGACACCUCAUGGCCAUCAAUGCUAAAUAUCGUCUGCUGCUCACUGGAACCCCACUGCAGAACAACCUGCUGGAGCUCAUGUCCCUGCUGAACUUCAUCAUGCCCAACAUGUUCUCCAGCAGCACUUCACAGAUCGCCAAGAUGUUCUCCAUGAAAUCGUCAGAGGAGCAGAGCAGCUUUGAGCGGGACAGGAUCACCCAUGCCAAGCUCAUCAUGAAACCCUUCAUCCUCAGACGUGUGAAGAGCGAGGUCCUGAAGCAGCUGCCUGCCAAAGAGGAGCAGGUUGAAUUUUGUGCCAUGUCCGAGAGGCAGCAAGAACUCUACAGCGCCCUUCUCCACAAGCUGAAGCAUUCUAGUAAUGGGGAAAAACGCGAGCUGACCAAUGUGAUGAUGCAGCUGAGGAAGAUGUCCAACCAUCCGCUUCUUCACCGGCAGUUUUACACCACAGAAAAACUCAAAGCCAUGAGCAAACUCAUGCUCAAGGAGCCGAGUCACCGUGAUGCAGAUCCCGCUCUCAUCAAAGAGGAUAUGGAAGUGCUCUCAGACUUUGAGUUACACCGCCUCUGUCAGCAGUAUUCAGCACUGCACGAAUACCAGCUCAACACAGACGUACUGCUGGACUCGGGCAAGCUCAGCCUCCUCACACAGCUGCUGAACUCCCUGAAGGAAAAGGGUGACCGAGUGGUGCUGUUUAGCCAGUUCACAAUGAUGCUUGACAUUCUGGAAGUGUUUCUUAGACACCAUAAGCACAGAUACAACCGACUGGAUGGUUCAACCCCCAUGAGUGACAGAAUUGGGCUGAUUGACCAGUUCAACACAGACCAGGAUAUAUUUGUGUUCCUGCUGUCCACCAGAGCCGGAGGGCUGGGCAUUAACUUGACUUCAGCCAAUGUGGUCAUCCUUCACGAUAUCGACUGCAACCCUUACAAUGACAAACAGGCAGAGGGCCGCUGUCACCGGGUCGGACAAACCAAGACCGUGAAGGUGAUCAAGCUGAUAAGUAAGGACUCCAUAGAGGACACCAUGCUUCGAAUUGGAGAAAGAAAACUCAAACUAGAGCAGGAAAUGACCGCAACUCAGGACGGCGAAGAAGACACAUUACCUGAUGAUAUGACCACGCUGCUCAAAGCUUCUCUCGGGCUCUGAAAGUUGGUCCAGGAGUAAAGCUUGUUGUGAUACUAUGACUGAAUCUGAAAGAAAAAGUACUGUAGCACAAUAAAAUCUGGUUUUCCUACACCACCUGCAGAAAUAUGCGAUUCAAAUGAGCUGAUUUGUUUACAUUUCUACUGUUCAUUGCAAAAGAUGAUGUAAUAUUGUAUGUGUGUUGAUGGUGCUUGUAUUUGUGAAGGUUUAAAUCUGCAGUUGUUUGGUUAAAAAAGUCUGUUUUUCAAAGAUAUUUGGGGGGGGGAUUAAAAUAUUUGUUUAUUUGC